UUAAAAAAUUACAAAGUUUUAGAGAAAGUACCUAUAACCACAACAUUGAAUGGUUUGACACUUCAUACAACUCCUUUACCAGGAGGUGGUUCUGUUUUAAUACACAUCUUAAAUAUGGUAAAAGGCUACAAGUUCAACGCAUCAUAUUUGGACACAGUUGAUGAGAAAGUGUUAACAUAUCACAGAAUUGUGGAAAGUUUUAAAUUUAGCUAUUCGAAACGUCCACAUCUUAGUGAUCCCGAUAAAGUACCUGUUGAAAAUAAAACCGAAUUCGAUAAGAUGAAAGAAGACAUAAUAAGUCUAGCAAAGGCUGAAAUGAAUCGUAUGAAAGUGAAUGACACUUCCACGCAAAAAAAUAGUUAUUACGAUCAAUUCUUUACGACAACUGAAGACGAUGGUACUACACAUGUUUCAGUGAUUAAUAAAGAUGGGAAUGCUGUAUCAGCUACGGAUACGAUCAAUUUUGCGUUUGGCGCAAAAUUUCGAUCAAUGAAAACUGGUAUUAUAUACAACAACGAACUAGCUGAUUUUUUCUUAAACUCCACUUACGGUGAUAAAUAUCCAACGCCGUUAUAUAAUGCUCCCGGUGCUGGACGGCGACCUCUUUCAUCGACCUGUCCGUCAAUUUUAGUUGAUAAAGAUGGAAAUGUUGUGAUGGUGGUUGGUGGUUCGGGAGGUACCAGGAUAACACUUUCUACCGCUUGGGUUAUCAUCAAGAAGUUGAUGUUUUCGUACAAUCUAACUUCGGCUGUGGAAGAUGCUCGUCCGCAACACGCAUUUUUUCCAGAAUACAUUCGAAAUGAAAAAGGGUACCUCCUCUCCGACGAUAUUGUGGAGGGAUUGAAAAAAAAAGAAUCACAGAAUUCUACAAUCCAGUCUUAAUGCUAUAGUUCAAGGUAUAUAUGUUGACGGUGGGAAAAUUUACGCGAAAUCUGAUCCCAGAAAAGAAGGUGUGGCAGCUGGAUAUUAAUUUCGUACACGAAUACAAAAGUUAGAAAAUAUGUUCACAACAUUCUAAAUAUAAUUCUACAUUAAUAACACAAACACCGAACCAGCGACAUAAGAGACUGGGAAACAGAUUUUUUAUUUUUUACAAAUUUUAAAUAAUUACACGUCUUAUAAA